AUGAAUCCUGGUGCCAUGAGUGGAACUGACGAUCAAAAUGUAGCCAAGAGAAGAAAAGUUGGAGAGAAAGUUCCCUUUCAACCAGGGUUUUUGAGGAAGAUCAAGGUUCGGAACUUUACAACUUAUUCAUAUGCUGAGUUUGUCUUAUCUCCAACCCUUAAUAUGAUUAUUGGUCCCAAUGGUAGUGGUAAAUCAACCCUAGUUGCAGCUAUUUGUAUUGGACUUGGUGGUAAAAUUGACUUAAUCAAGCGUAAGAAUCUCAAAUCGAUGAUCAAAACAGGACAUGAUAGAGCUGACAUUGAAAUCACCAUGGAAAAUUUUCCCGGUAAACCACCCAUUGUUAUCAAAAGAGAUUUUUCUGCAAAAGAUUCGGUGUGGGCAAUCAACAAUAAGAAGAGUACCGAGUCGGCAAUCAAGCAGUUGAGAGAAAAAUUCAAUAUACAGUUAGACAACCUUUGUCAUUUCUUGCCACAGGAAAGAGUUGCAGAGUUUGCCGGUAUGUCUCUGGAAAAAUUAUUGAUGGAAACUGAAAGAACCCUCAAAGAUGGACAUUUACUCACAUUGCACGAGGACUUGAUUGUAAAAGAUAUCAAAAGUCAAGAGUUGCAUGUCCAAAUUGAUGUGUUGAAAAAAAGAUUAGAUCAAUUAUACUCUCAAAGAGCAAAGUUGGAAGAAGAAGUGCAAAAGUUGCAAGAGUAUGAUAACAAGAUGAAGGAAAUUGAAACUCACCAGACCUUGUUGCCUUAUGCACGAUACAAUGAUUUGAAGAAGAAGCGGGCAUCUUUAAAAGAUCAAUUAGAUGAAGCCAAGUCAAGGUACACCUCUUUUGACGAAAACUUUGAUCAAUUGAGGAAGAACGAGUCGCAGCUCGAACGAGAAGUACAACUUCAAAAACGAAAACUUGAAGAUACAUCAAAAGAAAAGGACAGUGUAUUGAAGAUAAUCGAGGAGUAUAGGCGCAAGGUAAACAAGGUUCAAGAUAGUGUAUCAGAGCUGUCUGCCUCAUUGAACUCGUACAGAGCCAAAACAGAACUGAAAAAACGUGAAUUGGAAGAAGUACGAAGAGAAUUGGCUAACUUGAACCAUCAGCUCGAGACUAUAGAACGAGUAGAUAAGGAUCAACUCGAAAUACUCAAUACCAAGUACGCUGAUUCGAGAGCCAAAUUGCGUGAAAUGGAAGAGAAACUCAGAGAUGAAAACAGCUAUACUAGUGACUUACGAUCGGAUUUGAAUAAUUUGGCGCGAAAUAUUCAACGUGAGGAAUCAAAAUUGCAAGGAAAUGACAAGUUGGAAUUGUUAUUGUCUGCAGCUCAGGGUAAAAGCUACCGACUUCGUGAUGAAUCUUUGAAAGCACAUCGCAAGUUGCGGGGUGAAACCAAUUUCCGGGGCGCUUACUUUGAAGCUCCAGUUAUAUCGUGCAAUAUUACUGAUAAAUCAAUUGCUCCAGCCAUGGAAAAGAUCAUUGACAACACUACCUUAUUUUCAUUCACAACAAAGAGCCAGGAUGGCUACGACAAGUUGAGCAGGUUUGCUAAAGAGACCCGUAUAAAUAUUGCUCUUAGAAUGGUUGACAACGAUGAAUUACCAAGACCCCAUUAUUCAAAACAAGAGCUUAGGUCAUUUGGUUUUGAGGGUUACUUGUCGGAUUUCAUCACUGGCCCGAAAGAAGUGCUUAGUAUGCUUUGUAAUACUUCCAAGAUACAUACCAUUCCCGUGACAAAGCACGAAAUGAGCCAGCAACAAGUUGAUAGAUUGAUAAGAUCAUCUGACGUGCCUUUCAAAAAAUUCGUCGCAGGAGACACCUUAUUCAAUAUCCGUACAUCAAAGUAUGGAUCUAAACAGGUUUACUACGAAUCUGAGAAAUUCGGCAAGUCUCAGUUUUUUGCAGUAUCGGGUAUCUCUGAACAAGAUAAACAAAGAAUUAAUGGUAACGUACAAAGAAUCAAUCGGGAGAUUACAGAAAAGAGAGAAGUUUAUCAGAAUCAUAAGGUACAGAUCGAACAAUUUACGUCAGAUAUUCGUGCAAUUCGGUACGAAAUGUCUGAAAUCAAGAACGAACAACAAAAGAUCCAGCAAAUGAUGAGUGCUGUUACGAAUUUGGAGGCCAAGAUAGGCUCAAAGAAAGAAAAGGAACAUAAAUUGGAAGAGGAUUCGAAUAAGGACUACUCACGUAGGGUUAAGCACUAUGAGCGAAAGAUUGCAGAAUUGUAUGGUGAAUUGGCACAAAAGUCAAUGGAGAUGAGUCUGCUACACAUUAAACUUUCCGAAAUUCAAAUAAGGAGUAAAUUUCAGGAGCUCGAGAUGACAACCUUGCGCAAUAAAUUGGCAUCGGUGAUUAGCUUGAUUGAAUCACUCGAGCUGAUAAAGAGGGAGCUCGCAAGGGAUUUGAGAAAAUACAAGGAAGACUAUGACCAAAUUAAGAAUUCUCCGGAGUACAAAGAGUAUAAAGAAAAACAUUCCUCAUUGACGGAAGAGCAAAGGGAACAGAUUGCUGAAUUUGCAAAGCCAUAUCUUGAGGAAGACACAUUUACCGAGCAUACAAUCAAGAACAAGAUAACCCAUUUGACAGACGAAUUGUCCAUCAUGUCGAUGGGUGAUAAGGGAUCUAUCACAUCUUUACGUCAAAAAGUGCAAGAUAUCGAGCGUGCAGAGUCGGAGUUGCCGAGGAUCGAGUCGGAUAAAAGGGAUCUUGACGAACGCAUCGCAACUAUUGCUGCUGAGUGGGAACGUGAUUUGACGAAAUUUGUUGACAGGAUAUCAGUGGCUUUUAGUAAACGAUUUUCAAAAGUUGCUAGUGAAGGGCGAGUUGAAUUGGCAAAAGCCGAUCGGUUUAAAGAUUGGAAGUUGCAGAUCUUGGUAAAGUUUAGACAAGAAUCAGAAUUGAAGGUUUUGGACAAUCAAUCACAAUCCGGUGGUGAACGAGCUGUUUCCACUAUAUUUUUUAUCAUGUCUCUUCAGGGAUUGACUGAUGCUCCGUUCAGGAUAGUGGAUGAGAUCAAUCAGGGUAUGGAUCCAAAGAAUGAACAAAUGGCUCACAGAUAUCUCGUUCACACAGCAUGUCAGAAUAACAAGUCCCAGUACUUCUUAGUUACACCAAAAUUGUUGACUGGAUUAUAUUACCACCCAGAUAUGGUUGUUCAUUGUAUCUUUACAGGUCCAAUGAUUGAAGAGAAUAAUGAGCAACGUGAAACUGGCUUUCUAGAUUACGUUAAUAGGUUGGUGCUUGUUUGA